AGUCCAGAAUCAACCGAUGAUUUCUGCACCCGUUUCCGGAUUCGGGUCCACAUUAUUCCGAUUUCUCACUACCCGAACUGCCCCGCCGAUAAGGCUCCGGAAUUCACAGUUCCGACCCCCCGGAAACUACGUCGGAGCUAGCUUUUCCAUCAUGGCAAGUGCCGGAGCUGACGAUCGGAGCGCUGUUCAGUUCCAGCUUACUCCUUCCAGCUUGCUGAAGAUUCUUAAGGGCGACAUCACUCAGUGGUCCGUUGAUGGAUCCUCCGACGCCAUCGUCAAUCCUGCUAAUGAGAGGAUGCUCGGGGGAGGUGGCGCUGAUGGAGCCAUACAUCGAGCUGCUGGUCCCGAGCUAAGAGAAGCGUGCUAUAAAGUCCCGGAAGUACGUCCUGGAGUUCGCUGUCCCACAGGCGAAGCAAGGAUUACACUAGGUUUUAAAUUACUGGCCUCUCAUGUGAUUCACACUGUUGGACCCAUAUAUGAUUCACACCCUGAUCCCAAAGCCGCAUUGGAAAAUUCAUAUAGAAACAGCUUACAAGUAGCUAAAGAAAACAACAUCCAGUAUAUUGCUUUUCCUGCCAUAUCUUGUGGAGUCUAUGGGUAUCCUUUUGAUGAGGCUGCCAAUGUGGCUGUAUCUACCGUAAAAGAACAUGGAAGUGACCUCAAAGAGGUCCACUUUGUUCUAUUCUCGGAUGAAAUAUUCAAUGCAUGGCUGAAGGCAGCGAAUAAGCUUCUUCAGAACUGAUGCCUCGGAUUGUUCAAGAGUGUUCUCAGAUUUAACGUCGAGAACACUGGAUGCUGGACGUGAAAACGUUAAACUAGAACGAUUGAGUUUCAAUCGAUCAGGAAGUUGCUUGUGAUUUGAUGUUAAACUGUGAGCUUGCAUUUUGAAAUGAUGAAAAGGAUACUUGGUAUGGAUGGCUCCAAUAACGUUGGUGUUGGAGGUUACUUUUAAACAAAAGUUGAGGCAUAUUUGUCUUAAGCUUUUUUCCAGUGUAUUACUAACACUUGUUCCGAUAACAACAGACAUGAUAUGGCGUUUUAGAAGUAAA